AUGGCGCUUCCAACAGACAUGAAUGCAAUGUCGGAUAUCACCGCAUCCAUGGUUACAACUGCAGCCGAGUCGUCCAUACCGUUGGCUUCUCUGCCACCACCCCCUUCCCUUCCCCUAAACCUCAGUGUCGUUAAUUCCACGCUGUCAAAACUAGCGUUCUUAUCCCCGUCAUCCCAAGAUAUUUUACUCUAUCCUCUUCGCUUCAUUUACCAGGCAGAGGUCUUCGUGUUCGUCACUGCUCCCCGGAGUGUUCUGCAUUUUCUGGGGCUGGAAACUGCGGUGGCCACUCUGAUGGAUGGCGCUGUUGGGGCUUUCGGUGGUGGAGCGGGUCUUGGGCGGGAUGCUGCGGGUGCGGCAGGGGCUGCAACUGUAGCAGCCGGAGCGGACGCGGCGGCAGUGGCGGCAGAUGCGGCGGUUCCAUCGGGUUUUAGUCUCAGUCAUUGGCUCCAUACCAUGAGGAAAUUUGGUGGAUUCUUCAACUACUUGACCAGCCGAUGGUCCCUCGCGUGCUUUGCCGUGGCGCUUAUACUGAACCGGGUAACUAUUUACGGCUCCACGAGGCGACAUCUUUCUCUAAGGUGGCACGUUCGAUUAGCUCUGAGAAUUGUUCCUAUAGUUCUAUUCGUUGGUCAAAUCAUUGCACUACUGCAGGCUAUCCGUUGUCAAACGUCUCCAAAAUACCCGCAAAUACGAUAUGGGAAACCCGGAAAACUUUCCAACUUCGACUACGGAGGUCAGGAUGGUUUCUUGCAUUCCUUUUCAUCAUUUCUUUUACCCUGGCAGGAUGAUGAGGGUUCCUGCGAUGCUGUCCAUAUGAAACGACUUUCCGGAACCAACGACGUUCCUUAUGGCUCGUUUUCGCUUUUGUGGCCCGUGUUCCUUCGUUUAUGUCUCAACCAGUUUGUUGAAACACUAUCGUGUGCCUUACAAGGACGUGGAGUUGCUACAGAGGCCGGGAUGUCUAUAUUUGAACACUCUCUAGCAUUCGCAGAAGCAGAAACUAUGAUAAGCCAGUCUAUCGGCCUAGGUCUGUUUGGCGCGUCCAAAUCUACCGGGCAAGCUUCCUCAAGCAACAGCACAAGUUUCCUGUCCACCACGCCGCUUCUUUCGCGGAGCCAAGUCUUGGACAGAUUUAAUGUCUUUCCAGAGCUUCUGUUGAUCGCUCUGAUAUCAUGUUGCAACUGUUUAUCUUCUAAUCUCCUCGAUGUUUUCGGCCGUCAGAGCCAAACCCGACUUAUCCAUACAACAUUUUGGGGUCUUUGUUUCAUGGCUUCCGUAUUUUCAGGAUUUUUUGAUAGUAUUCCCCUGGGUAACGAUCUGGUUCUCAAGUUCCCCACUGUAUGUAUUGUGGGGUUCGUGCCUCACUUGCUCAUAUUUGCUGGGAUUUUGACUUGCCUGGCCAUUUAUGGACUGGCAUUGACGUUAACUGCAUUUUCGCUGCCUUCCACUCUGCCACGUCCGACAUCGCUGCGGGAAAGAUUCUCACUUGCCCAUGCCAAUAUGCAAGGAGCGUCACAAAUUCAAAAUGUGCACCUCAACCCAAGGGAAGACUUCUACGCUGCGUUAGUUAGGAUAGGCGCUCCCCAGUUGGCGGCAUUUUCUGGUGGCUCCGAUGAAGCCUUUAACUUCGAUAUUCCUAAGGGGGAUACUGAAUGGGAGAGUGGGUACUCCCGGGAAAAGAAAAUUGAAAAGCAAAGGAAGGGAGCCCGUUCAAUAGAGAAACGAAUAGCUUUUGGUGGGGUUGGGGCGUUUCAAGGGGCAAGCCGAUGCUAUAACGGUUUUACCUUUUUCCGAGGGAUUUUCAUUCUUUUAGUACGUUGGGCGGCUUUCGGGUGCCUCAGGAUCCUGGAUUUCAUGGGUAUUACGAGGAGACCUAGAUGGUUGACAAAGCUGGGUGAUGCUGGCCGAGAGCGAGAAAUUACAGGAACACCCCCCAACCGCCACUUGAUUGACUUUUGGAUUUUAACCGAUGAAGGGGAGUUGAAACUUCCGGAAGACUUCGAAUUCGACGUUGAAAAAGAAAUGAGGAAGAGGGAGCUGGCGAAUGUUUCCCAGUGGGGUGAAACGGAGGAAAGCCGUUUUGACAGGAAACUCUAUAUUUGGUGGAAGAUCGGGGGAUCGUGGGGCGAGCGAGACGAAAGUGGAGACUUCGAACCCUCUCGAGAUGAUCGGGAAGAUACCACAAGCGUUGUUUCAUCAAUGUCGUCAAAUACCGAACCGGAGUGGGAGGCAUAUGAAUCAGAUGGUUGUCCGAGCACCACGAGGAACGAACGAGACACCCUGUUAAAUUAUAGCUUGACACCAAGCACUGAAUCUGAGGAAUCUCUCCUAGACAUGGGUUCUCUAGCCCGCCUCCUCGACCCAAGGGAUAGCGACGCCAGGCACGAAGCUCAAAUACUAGCCUCGCAUCUGAUGGCAGCCGAUAAAGGCAAAGUCAUGACCCGCAGCCGGUUUAGAAGCAAAAUGGAACGAGACCGCGCACGUGUUCUUACAUCAUCGCGAUAUAACAAAUUCCGCGCCCUGGGCAGUAGCUCAACCUCAAUCGGGUCGAACGAGAAGAGAAGGCCGACUUCCAAGGAAGAAGAAGAAAUUCUUGAAAAUCUCAUAUUAUCACUCCGGUUGGGCCACGAGAACUCAGCCGAUACCUAUUUUCAAGAACCACAGCACCGACAACCGGAACCAGAGUCUUGGAAAACCGGUGCAUCAGGUCUUGGUGCCGACGGCCCCCAAUGCGUUAUCUGUCAGGCUGCGCCCAGGUCAAUUAUCAGUAUACAGAAUUCAUACAUUCAUGGUGGCAUUUGUUUGCACCCUACACAACGGAGUAGGAGUGAUCAAGACGGAGCUAAGCACCCUAGUGGCAUCGCCCCACGCUAA